CAGAGUACAGUACGUAUAAGUCUGUGACGUCAGUCAAGAGGUUCACGAGUUGUGCAGUUCUUUGCACAAUAUAUUUAUAUAUAUUGUAAAUAUUGUUCGGACACGGUUAAAAAGUUUAUGUUGAUAAGAGGACCCUUUGCUUAUAUAGUUUGUUUUUAUAAAAAUUUGUCAAAAUAUGAUAACUUUUAUAUAAACUAAAAUGUUUAACAAAUUUCCGUUUCACUCUUUAUCAUUCAUCGUACAUAUACAUGAUAAAUGUCAGCAGAUAAUGGUAUCAGAAGAGUAGGAAAGAUUAUUGCAACAACAUAUUACUAUGAAACUUGCAACAAAUGCAAUAAUAGUAUAUUAGGAACCACAGAGAUGGCAAGCAGCAUCGAAGUAAGAGAAUUACUGCCUUUUAAAACAUUGACAGAAUUAAACAAUGCCUUGGACAAUGGAUUAACAGAAUUACCAAUAACAUGUAUCGCAGAGUCUGUUGAUUAUGUAUAUCGAGGUUCAGAAAUCAGUGCGCAAAAAAUUUCGCUGGAAAAAGUGGACAGGGAUGAACAGCCUAGGACUCUUAUCUGCCACGACAUGAAAGGUGGUUACUUGGAAGACAGAUUCUUAUGGGGCUCUACUUCUCAUGAUUCUUAUAUAUUUUACCACUGGAGUAUUGUCGAUGUAUUUGUUUAUUUUAGCCAUCAUUUUGUAACUGUUCCACCCUGUGGAUGGAUCAAUGCAGCGCAUCAUCAUGGUGUAAAAGUAUUGGGUACUGUUAUUACAGAAGGAAAUAAUGAUACUUGGAAUACGAUUCUCACAUCACAGGAAGAUGCAAAAAAAUUUGCAGACGCUUUAGUAUUGGUUGCAAAAUGUUACCAAUUUGAAGGCUGGCUUUUGAACAUUGAAAAUAAAAUUAAGCAGGAAGAUAUUGACAAUUUAAUUUAUUUUGUUAAAUAUUUAACAGAAAAUAUUCACAAGGAGAUUGAAAAUUCAGAGAUUAUCUGGUACGAUAGUGUCACCAAUAAGGGGGAGCUGAAUUGGCAAAAUGAACUGAAUGAUACUAAUAAGGAUUUUUUCUUACAUUGCGACGGUAUAUUUUUAAAUUAUAAUUGGACGGAAUCACGACUUAGCAAAAGUCAUAUAUUCGCAAAGGAAUUAGGUCGCGAUAUUAAGGAUAUUUAUGUAGGAUUGGAUGUUUGGGGGAGAGGAUGUCCAGGUGGAGGCGGAUUUAAUUCGGCAUAUGCGUUAGAUUUGAUACGGAAACAGGGUCUUUCGGUAGCUAUUUUUGCACCUGGUUGGACGCAUGAAUACUUUGGUCCAAGUACUUUCAAAAUUCUAGAGGAUUUAUUUUGGGCUCAACUAUUUCCAUAUCUAUAUGUACAUGUACCCAUUUAUGAAGAUGAAACAUUUAAGACUUCUUUUUGUCGUGGUGCCGGUAUUUGCUACUAUUAUAAUGGCGAGGAGCAUUUCGAACUGUACAAGAUAAACGGCGAAAGCGCGCACGGAAAAAAAGCGUUUUAUAAUUUGCGAAUGCAGCAACCGCAACUGUCAGUUCCCGCGCCGCAUUUACAAUUUACGCGAUCUACACAAAGAACUCUUAUCGAAGAUGUCGAAAAUAAUGAUGGAGAUAAUAAUGGUAAAGGUGAUAAAGAUAAUGAUACUAAAAAGACACGCACACGUAUAGAACAUAUUUAUGAAAAUAGGAAGAAUAUUAUACGAGUGUGUGACAAUGUUAUCAAUAUUGAAGAAAAAUUACCUACCCCCAAUUUCAAUACUUUCGAGUUUUGCGAUAAAUUCUCCUACAAUGGCGGCGGGUGCUUGAAAUUAAUUACUACAGAUGAUAGAUUAUAUCAUAGGUUGUUCAUGAUUCACAUUGAUUUGAAACAUAACAUCCAGGCAACGAUUGUUUACAGAGAAUUUGGAACUUUGAUGAAUGAGUCUUACAAGGAUCCUGUCUUAAUCUUGGGUAAUAAUGGUGAUCUAAAAUCGAUUCUACCUUACAAUUCCGUCAAAGUGAACGCCAAAUGGAGGAAAUGCAUCUAUUUGACGAACAUGAGGACCGUGGACGAAAUUGGUGUGUCCUUGAAACAAUGCGAUUGCUACUUAGGUGAAAUUAUUUUGGAAAAGAGGGAUCAUCGUUUUGAUAAUUGUGAUUCUGCGUACGUUGCCAGUCGGAUCAGCGAUUACAGUGUACAAUCUGCUUUGAAUUCAACAUAGCAUUCUAUCGUCACAAUAUUAAUUCGCAACGCUUUUAUAAAUAAUAUAUAUAUAGUGGAAUAAUAUAAAACGAUUUUAAUGUAAUUUAACAUGUCAAUUUUUAAGAAACGAUUCGAGAAACAGACAAAUCUGUAUCAAAUAUAAUACGCAUAAUUGUGUGUGUGUGUGUGUGUGUGUGUGUGUGUGUGUGUGUGUGUGUGUGUGUGUGUGUGUGUGUGUUGUAUGAAAGAGAGAGAGAGAGAAAUUUUUAUUUGUAUAAUACAAGUAAAAUAAUAUUGAACGAAAAAAAACAAAAAAAACACAAUACAAGUCGGUGAGAUUCUAUAAAAUUGCAAUUCAUACGACAUAAAAAUGUAUUGGCGUAAGAUUACGUUUGAUAUAAAACAGUGAGA